UUUAGGUUUCGACCUUGACUCGGUUCGCGUCCAUUGUGUAGGAAAAGGGGGCAGUCGGGUUCGCGACAUCUCAUCUAUGUCUACCUCAAUUUCUGAAAUCCACCCUAAAGUUGUACUGUUGCAAAUCGGUGGUAAUGAUUUGGAUUCUGUGGAUCACGAGGAUAUUAAGGAUCGUUUAGCAAGUGACUUACUUUCCAUAGCACAGUGGCUUCGCGCGGGAUUCGGUGUAACCCACGUUGGAAUAAUGCAACUUUUUUAUCGUGCUAAGACAAGAUCGAUAGCGGUUAGUUUGUAUAACAGAGGUGUAGACUUCGUUAACAGUAACAUCAAAUUAAUGUGUGAUCAGUCGGAAGGAUGUUUUUAUUGGAGACACAAGGGUCUGAAGACCGCAGCCUUUGUUUGCUUAAACAAAGAUGGCGUACAUCUUUCACCCGCGGGCCUUCGCAAGUUCAAGUACUCUGUGCGUGGGGCAAUCCUGCAGGGCAUACGAUUGGCUAAAGGCAGCAACUCUGACCCUCGUGACCUUUCCAUAUAAGGCUCCACCGGACCUAUCCGGAGAUCUCGCAGAAGGGCGGCGGUUAACCAUAGCAUUAUAUCUAGGCCACAUACCCAGUCAGGGAGGAAUGUCACUGACGUAACAACAGCAGCAAAUGUUACUGCGGCAGCUGUUGUAGCAGCACCCAAUUUUCCAUCAACAAAGGACAUUGCUGCUGAACUUUUGUCUCAGAUGAUAGCGAAGGGCAUCGCUAUUCAGCAACCCACUUUGGGUUCAACUAAUGCAUCAUCUGACCAAACAAUGCCCCACUCAAGUCAGCAGAGGCAGUCUGGGUUAGUCACAGACCCAAUAGCAGUGAUGGCAGGCCAGGAUAACCUGCCUAUUAAUGCACCAGCAGCGGCAGUAGGAUCUGCCUUUUCAACAACACCAGCAGCGGCAGCUGGAUCAGCAUUGCAAACAGCAACGGGCCCACAAACAGGAUCAUCGACGUAUGGCAAUUCCAUCCAGUCGCCCAUCAAUCAUGUAGUUAAUAGCUUGACAGGUAUUGCAAGUGUUCCAAAAUCGUACAGCAGCAUUUCCCGACCCCUUGACGUACAUAUUGAUGCUAAAGUAAAAGCAAAAAUAAUGAGUCAUGAAUUCAUUGAAUUCGGAUCAUUAUUAUCGACAUCAUCGCAUCCCGAUCAGUUCCGUAUUCAAUUGAAUGGGGAUAAUAUUUCGUUAGUCCCCAACACAAAAACCUUUCAAAUUAAAAGUAUUGAACAAUGGGUGCAAGCAUUUCAUGUUUUUGUUUCGGUAUAUAUUCAGGCUCACCCAUCCAAAACUGUCAAUCUCAUGAAGUAUGCUGAUACAAUUCAGACAUUAGCCAGACGCUCGGGAUUUGCUGCUGCUAUGUUUUACGAUACUAAUUUUCGGAAGUGGCUACAGGUCAACUCCGUCAUGCCUUGGGAUGAGCUCAAUAAUGAGCUGUAUAUGCAUGCUUUAGGGAUAGGUUUAAGGUCAUCUCAGAAAGGAAAUGCCCAGCAGCCCUUUCCAGGUAACAAACCCAACAAAUUCCCAAAGGGUAAAUGUUGGGACUUCCUCAAGACUGGAUCAUGUUCCCGGGGGGCACAAUGCAAAUUCGCACACACAUGUCCCAAAUGUGGAGGACAACACAGCUUGCAACAAUGUAAAAAGAAUGAUUCACAAGGGGCAGGGGCAAAACCAGCACCCUCCCAAUCCUCAAAUAAAUCGUAAAUCAGAUAGCAUAAAUUACAAACAAUCAGGAAAUUACUUACCAACACCAGUCAAAUUUGAAAUUUUGUUUCCAUAUUUAAGAGGCUACGACUUUGGUAAAGUUCAAUUUUUACAAGACGGUUUCAAAGUUGGUUUUAAACUGCAAUAUCGGGGGCUUAGACAGUAUCGGGAAUCUGUCAACUUAAAAUCUGCAAAAGAUAACAUUGAGGUGCUCCGCCGAAAAAUUUCACAUGAAAUAUCAAUGGGGAGAAUUGCUGGUCCGUUUAUCAGUGCACCCUUUAAAAAUUUACAGAUUUCCCCAUUAGGUCUUGUCCCUAAAAAAGAGCCAAAUGAGUUCCGGUUAAUUCACCAUCUCUCCUUUCCAGACGGUUCUUCGAUCAAUGACGGUAUUGCCCCUGAGGAUGUUUCAGUUAAAUAUCAAACCGUUUCAGAUGCAAUUGGCCUGAUUAAGUAUUUUGGGAAGGGUGCUCUUAUGGCAAAAACAGAUAUUGAGAAUGCAUUUCGCAUUAUUCCUAUUCAUCCACAAGAUCACAAUCUUUUAGGAAUGAAAGUCGGAGAGCAUUAUUAUUAUGACAAGGUUCUCCCUAUGGGUUGUUCUAUAUCAUGUCGUUUGUUUGAAGAAUUUAGUACAGCUCUGCAUUGGGUUUUACAAAAUAAAUUACAGACAGCAGGUGUUACCCAUGUUUUGGAUGAUUUUCUGUUUGUUGCUCCCAAAAACUCAAAUAAAUGUCAGACAGAUUUAGAAAAUUUUCUAAAUCUGUGCAAACAGGUCUGUAUUCCAAUUAAACAUAGUAAAACUGUAUUACCAUGCACUACCAUAACAUUCCUUGGGAUUGAACUAGAUAGUAUCCGAAUGCAAGCUAGGUUACCGAACGAUAAGCUAGUGAAAAUACGCAAUCUGUUAGCCAGUUUUCAGCAAAAAGCAAAAGUAACACUUCGUGAACUACAAUCGUUGAUAGGCUUGCUGAAUUUUGCUUGUAGUGUGAUAACUCCUGGUCGUCCAUUUUUACGUAGAUUGAUAGAUCUAACAAGAGGCUUGACAAAACCCAAUCACCACGUCAGACUAAACAGAGAAGCCAAAGCCGAUAUCAGAGCUUGGCUACAUUUCAUACAAUCCUAUAAUGGGGUCACCUUGUUCCUGUCGGAUAUAUGGGAGUCAUCGGCACGUUUACAUUUCUAUACAGAUGCUAGUGGAAUAGGUUUUGGAGCGGUUUUGGGAACAAAGUGGUUUUUCAGAAAAUGGUCAAAAGAUUUUGAGUCUUUUCACAUAACAAUUAAAGAACUUUUUCCUAUAGUCCUUGCUGUCCAGCUUUGGGGGAAUUAUCUUCAGAAUAAGUGUGUACUUUUUCAUUGUGAUAACUCGGCAGUUGUCGCAGUGUUGACAUCACAUACCAGCAAAGAUUCAACUAUAAUGAAAUUAGUACGGAAGCUUGUGGUUAAAUCACUACAAUUAAAUUUCAUGUUUCGUGCAGAGCAUAUCAUGGGGAAACGAAAUGUGUUAGCUGAUCAUCUGUCUCGUUUACAGGUAGACAGUUUUCGGCUAUUGGCCCCGCAAAUGGACAACGAGGCAACACCCAUACCGGACAAUCUGUUGACCAUCUGACAACGCAUGUUCAGAGCCUUUUGAAGGAUGCUAUCGCUCCUCAAACACAAGCACUGUAUAGACGUGCUUUCCAGGCCUUACAUCAAUUUGUAAACAGGGAUUUUCAUUUACAAACAUGCUUGCCCACUACAGUAGGCACUUUGGUCUACUUUAUUGCGCAUUUGUCUCAGCAAAAAAUGGCAGCAGCUACAGUGUCGACUUAUACAGCAGCUAUCGGUUACAUCAACCGCUUAGCCGGUCACCCGGACCCAACUCAAUCAUUCAUUGUAAAGAAAAUAUUGACUAGUAUUCAGAGAGGUUCUUAUCGUCCAGAUACACGACUACCCAUUACACCAAACAUACUGAACAAACUAGUUCAUUCCUUACCUCACAUAGCUUCGUCACAUUAUCAAGCAUGCAUGCUAAAAGCAAUGUAUCUGUUAGCAUUUCAUGCCUUUUUACGCGUAGGCGAAAUCACUAUAAACAAAUCUACUUCGCAUGUCUUACAAUUUGACGAUGCCAAGAUCAUUUUGGCUGGCUCAAGACCUUCCACUCUAGAGUUGACGUUUAGGUCAUUUAAGGGUCAUUACAAUAUUCGUCCCGUCACCCUAGCAAUUCAUGCUAAGAGUCAGGAACUUUCCACCUGCCCUGUCACAGCUUUGUACCAAUACAUUCAAUUAAGGGGUGUCUUACCAGGUCCAUUAUUCACAUUCCCAGGAAAUAUCCCAGUAUCUUACCAACACUUCAGUUUAUGUCUCAGAAACUCCCUGAUAUGGGCAGGCUUUCAGCCAAACCAGUAUACCAGUCAUAGUUUCCGUAUUGGGGCUGCCAGCACAGCUGCAGCGACGGGGGUUCCAGAUGAGGAAAUACAACAAAUGGGCAGGUGGAAGUCGUUGGCUUUCAAACGCUAUAUACGGCUCCCUACUCUUUAUGACAUACCAACCCCGUUAUACUAACGGUUGCUUUCACAGCAAGCUGUAGCUAAAUAUUUCAAUCUUUAAGACAUCCAUUCACUUCACUGUUGGGUUUGGUCUGGACUAGUUUAGCUCAACCUGGGCAUAGGGUCGAGGUUGUUAGGAGUCUGUUCAAUCUGUACAUUUUUUAUGUGUUUCUAUGUUAUAUUGUUCAAACUGUACAUUUUUUAUGUGUUCUAGGUUAUAUAAACUUGGUACAGAAUUUCCGUCAAUAACUUACCAAAUCCUACUGCAUUCUUGCUAAAUUUGAAUGGCAAUGUACAUGCGAUUGUUUUCAUUUCAUAGUACUCAUAAUAUCAGUUGAAGUGGAUACCAACCUGGGCAUAGGGUCGAGGUUGAUUCUUCUUCUUGGUUGAUGUAUGUAUAUUAAAAGUCAUAAAUAAUCUGUACACCUGAUUAAAUAUUGUAUGUCUUUCAAUAAUUUGUGUUAUUGAUAUCCAGAUAACCUGGGCAUAGGGUCGAGGUUUCUGGAUCUAGUCGUGUACUUAUAUAUACCAGUUAUCUUUAAUUUUACGGAUGGGCGACUGGAUGCUGAAUACAUGGUGUUUCUUUGUAUUGGAGAAACUUAAUUUGGACAAUUCAUUGUAUACAUGUUUGGGGUUUACCCCUUUUAGUUUGAUUACUCAUAACGUUUUUCGGCGUUGAUGUAUUAUUGAUAUCCAGAUAACCUGGGCAUAGGGUCGAGGUUUCUGGAUCUAGUCGGGUACAUAUAUAUACCAGUUAUCCUUAAUUUUACGGAUGGGCGACUGGAUGCUGAAUACAUGGUGUUUCUUUGUAUUGGAGAAACUAAUUUGGACAAUUCAGUGUAUACAUGUUUGGGGUUUACCCCUUUUAGUUUGAUUACUCAUAACGUUUUCCGGUGUUGAAUAUAACACUGUCCUAAUUUGUGAUAAUAUCUUGGGAUUGGUGUGCUUAUACCAUUCCCAUGUUUCCAUACCUUUUCUUUGUCACAAACUCUUAUUGUUAUGUUUAAAUGCUUGAAAAUACGUUAUUUGUAUCUUAAUUUUUGUGUGUGGAAUGCAGGCGUUUUGUAAGUGCCUGGAUAUCAGACUUUUAUCAUCAUAUCAUUUCACUUUUGCUGUGGAUCUCUUAUAGAUGCAGCGUUACCUCAAAUGCUUGGAAGCUUAACUAUGCAUAUAUGUAUGACAUGUAACUGUUUUCUUUAUGGUGAUGCGUUGAGCAUCUGUUUUAAAUGUAUAUCAGCAGUUUAUAACUCAUGCAUCACAUAUGAAUUAUUAUAUUAUACAUUAAUUCGGACACGACUUCGGGUGGGUUAUGGUUCCUGAUCAUUAGGAUAAUCAGAUACCAUUGUGGCGGUUUUGUAUCCCCACCUUGGACCAAAGUUCGAUUCAUAUGGUUGAUUUUAUGAAUAUCAACUUGUAUUGCAAGUUUGUUUCAAUUGUCGUUUAAUAAAUAAACGGCCAAUUUCAAUUCAAUCUAUGGGUUUAGUUGUUUGUCUUCUUUGGUCAACAAGCUUGUCAUGUCCGAAGUCAUGUAUAAUAAACAAUUAAAAUGCAAUUUUAAUAUCAUUUAUACAUGCUAAGGAGUAAAUUAAAAUACAUCUUGAAUUAUGUAGCAUAUAUUAAAUGCUUGUUAUAGUCCCUAUCAAAGGGUUUCAUAACAGAGUGAGGGCGCAGGGUUAUGGAGGUGAAAGGUCACGCGCAGUGAUUUUACUAUAUAUACCUAUUACACGGUAACAGUAGCUACCCAGCCACUGAAACAGACUGCAUCACUAAUGGACACAAGUCAAGGUCAGUUUGUGUUUACAUCAUUUUAAGGUUGGAAUUUAUCUACCCGCCUCCUCCCCAGCAUCCUCCUUUUGUUAUACUAUGUUACCUGUAUCAAUUUUGAACAUUUUAUGUCCACAUGAUUAUAUCAUUGAAUUUCUGGAUAUUGUAUGUGGUCAAUUUUUGUAACUACCUUUACAUCUAAGUUUCACACAUAUGAGUAUUUUGUUGUAACUUAAGUUUUUAGUUUAAGGUGGCGGUUUUGUAUCCCCACCUUGGACCAAAGUUCGAUUCAUAUGGUUGAUUUUAUGAAUAUCAACUUGUAUUGCAAGUUUGUUUCAAUUGUCGUUUAAUAAAUAAACGGCCAAUUUCAAUUCAA